CCCCUGCUUCUCCUCCUCAAACCAAACACCCUACAAAAGACAACGAAGUCGACACAUCCCUCCCUAACUGCAGGAACAUACCAAUUACCCAACUUUGUCGAGUCAAGAUGCCUUCGGCCCUCGCUGAGCUGUAAACGCCCACUGCCGGCCCAGGUACGCUGGGCCGGCAGUCCAGCAGUUCAUCGAGCAAUUUCACCAGUGAAUCCAAACGACAGAGUUAGACAGACCCAGCUUGCCUCUCGCGCUGCAGCUUGGUCUGUGAAUAGAACAAUCAGCAAACACUACGAUCAUAUUUAAGGCUACACGCCACACGCAAUACCAACAAUGCCCUCCCCAAAGACACCCAAAAGCCGCAAGGCUCCCCCUACCACUGCCAUCAAGAUUGGCAAAAAGGGACGACGCCGCUCCUCUACCGUCUCCGCCUCGACCUUUGACUUCUCCUCCUCCCUAUCGUCUGCAGACGACAAUUAUUCGGCCGUUGACGACAUCAGCGACGACGAAGAUGACGACGAGGAGGACGUGACUGCGGUCGAGGAGCGUGCAAUGGUGGGCGAGACCACGUCCAGCCCUGGCGCUACUCGAUCGCUUUUCGAUGAUGACGGUUCCGAUAACGACGGUGACGACGACGACUCCAACGACGAGGAUGAGGAGGAGGCAGAGGAAGAAGACGACGACGACGAAGGAGGCGCUGGCUUGAUCCCCAGCAGUGACGAAAGCUGGGAAGGCCUCAGCCCCGCCCAGCAUGAAGAGAUCCAACAGGAGGAUGAGGAGCUCAAGUGGCCUAUCCGCAAAAAGUCGGUCCACUGGGCCUCGGAGGAAGAGGACUCGUCUGAUGACAACGACGGAGAGAAUGAGGACUUUUUCCCCGACAUCUUUGUGCUUCAAUCUGAGCUGGACCGCAAUUUCCGCCGCCGUAUCGAGGAUGAAGAGAACAGCGGCUCCGAUUACACCGACCUCGACUAUGAGCAAUACGAGGAGGCUAUGUUCCAGAGGGUCGCAGACAGGCACGCCACACCCCGGACACCCCAACAGGAGUUGCAGCCUGCCUUUGAGCCAACGACCUGCGAGACAAUCCCCGAAAGCGAAGAGUUCAUUGAAGGAUACAACUACGACGACGACGGCUCCACAACCGAAGAGGAGGAUUUUGAAGUGCGCGCUCCUGCCGCGGCCGCAGCUCUCCAUGACCAUUCCAACGAUGAUUCUUCCGAUGACGAGCAGCCCGCGCGUCGCAGCAAGGGCGAGCCUCUUUCGUCGCGUUUCAACCUUCAGAAAUACAGAAAGAAGCCAAUUGCCUUGUACAACCAUGAGACAAAGCGCAUGAUGAUCUUCACACCUGACCGUCAUCACGAGCUGGGCCGAAUUCCAGACAACCCCUACCUGCAGCCCAUGCUGCCAGACUCGCCCCUCGAAAUGAACAUGGACUUCAGCCAGUAUCCGCUCGAUCUAGGCAACGACGCCACUGCCAACAACGAUCUGCAAUUGUAUGGGCAAUUAUUCCCUACGUCCGUCUCGGAGCUGGAAUCUGAGCACAAUGCCAUGGAUGAUCAGGCUUCGUCAGAUCUAGACGGCCAGGAGGGCGACGGAUUUGCAUUCGAAAGCUACAUCAAUCUCAGCGAGGACUCCUCCGAUGAAGAGGGGGAUGGCCAAGAUGCUACGACGCCCAGUCGCCCCGUGACCGCAUACAGCGAUGCCAAUCUGUCACACAUCAACUCCCGCAAUGUUGGCGCGUUCCGCCAACACCAGGCCAACGCUCAGCUCAUGGGCACCGGUGCCACGCACGACUCUAUCGCCUUCAGUGGCCCCCUGAACAGCACCACCAUCCGUGGCAUCAAGUCGGACCGCUUCGACACUGCCGCCGCUCCGUUGACACCAGCACGUCGUCACAAGAGGCAGUCAAGCGACAUGAUGCGCAGCCCCCUGGAUGCCGUCUCGCAGAAGCGUAAGGCUUCGGGCGAGACGGAGGGUUUCAACAGCCACAAGAAGCAGAAGAGCAUCUCUUCCGAGGUGGCUGGCUUGCAGCUCUAAUGACACGACCCUCGACGAGGAGUGUCCCCCACAUUACGAACAAGGACGGCAUAGUUGGACCUAUCCCUGGCCUUGCUAAUGUUGCAAGAUCAACAUUCUUUUCCUUUGUCUUUAAUAAUUUGGGCGCAGGAAUAGACUUGAUUCAUCAGGUACCUAGCGUUACUAGCACCCAAGGCGCGACGGCGUCGGUCAAUUCCCUCUCAAGCGGAGGCGUUCUUAGCAGCAGGACAAUCAAAAAGUUUCUUCAA